AUGACUAAAUACAGCCACCUUUCCAAAGAAGAAUUAUUAAAACUUAUUGAAAAGCAAGAAAAAGAAUUAGAACUUAAAAAAUACGGGCUCCAAGUGGUUCUAGUCUGUGAAAGUAAUUUACCAAUACUCAAAAGAAUUGGAGAAAAGCAAAUUAGAACUGACAAUAGUGAUGACAAUAUUCUAAUCAAAGGAGAUAAUUAUCACUCUCUUACUUGUCUAAAUUACACCCACAAAGAUAAAAUUGACUUGAUAUACAUUGACCCUCCUUACAAUACUGGAAAAGAAGAUGAAUGA